AUGGUGUUCCCGGUGUUCACAGCCUCCGUACAGUCUGUCUCUGGCAUUGAAUCUGCUGUCUUCAUUCCACUCGGCUUCCUACUUUGGAACAUAGGAGAUCUGGGUGGCCGCUUGCUCACCGCGGUGCCGAAGUUGUCACUGACACAUUUUCCAUUUGCUUUGUUCUGCAUAGCAAUGGCGAGACUGGUCUUCAUUCCUCUCUACUUUCUAUGUAACAUCAAGGGAAGGGGAGCGUACGUCAACAGUGAUAUCUUCUAUCUGGUCGUCGUACAGUUCUUCUUCGGACUCAGCAAUGGCUACCUCGGAAGCAGCUGCAUGAUGGGAGCUGGAAGCUGGGUAGCACCAGAGGAACGCGAGGUUGCUGGCGGCUUCAUGGGCAUGAUGCUGGUCGCCGGACUGGCUGUUGGUAGCUUGCUGAGCUUCACGCUCGGCGAUGUAUAG